AAUUGCUGAUUGUUCUUAAAUUGCUCAAAUAUAGGUGUAUAUGUCAUCAUCGAAAUCAAACCCCCCUCCUCCUAAAGCCCACCUAAAUCUCCUCCCUUUUUCAUGUUAGAAUCAUCCCGCUCGCCAUAUUUCUACCUCAAUUAAUGAUUAUUCUUCUUUUUUCUUGCUCUAAUUAAAGCUGUGGCGUAACCUGCUGCAUUCACCAAGCGGGGCUUCUUCGCUUCUAGCCCAAUAAAUUGGUCAUUUGCCUGAAAUGGCGAAUAACCCCCCGUCUGCAGGAAUGCAGCCUCGUAUAACUGGUCACAUUCCUCCUCCAAAUUCUCUUCCACCCAUGUCAAUGCAAUUUCGUCCAAUGAUUCCACCACCACCAUCACAGCCAUUUGGUCCAGUGGCUCCUCAGCAAUUCCAGCCAGGUGGUCAGUCAAACAUAGGGAUGCCUCCUCAUCCUCCCCAACUCCAGUAUCCUCAAGCAGUGCCACCUCUACCAUCUCAGCUACCUCCUUCAUCACAGCCGCCUCCACCAUCACAGCUGCCUCCACCAUCUCAGCCACCUCUGCCAUCACAGCCACCGCCACAAAGAGCUGGUCUUCCAGGGCAUAGUUUGCCUCAAGGACCACCACCACCUCCACAGCCCGAUUUCCAGCACAACAGAGUUGUGAUGUCUGCUUCUCCCGCACAACUACAAUUCUCUAAUAAUUACAUGCAAAGUUAUGGUGGUCCAAGAGUCCCUCAUAUGCCAUACAACUUAUCAUCAUCAUCUGGGGGUCAACAACAAAUGAAUGUAGACCCUAGUGUUCAGCACCUACCAAUGUCCCAAACAGAUACGCCAAACUUCCCUUCUGGAGUACAAUCUUGGUUUCCUUCUGGGAGUCAAGAUAUGCAAUCAACUAUGAUUAUGCAACAAACUGUGGAGCAAAGUUCUGGAGAACAAGCUUGGUUUUCAACUGGGAACCAGAACAUAAAGCCUCUAACGCCUUUGAAGCAGAAUGGGGAGCAAAACUCUGCAGGACAACAGUGGUUGCCAGAUGGAACUCAUAAUACCAAAUCUGCGACUCCUCAGUUGACCGAGGAACGAAGUGCUGGAGUGGUGAAAAAUACUAUGCCUGGUGGCCCUGACCUGGAUGAGAAAGCUUCUUCGGAUUGGAGAGAACACACAACUCGUGAAGGGAAAAAAUACUUCUACAACAAAAGGACAAGGAUUUCUUCUUGGGAGAAGCCAUUAGAGUUGAUGACACCAACUGAGAGGGCCGAUGCAUCUACGGACUGGAGAGAAUUUACUAGUCCUGAGGGGAGAAGGUUUUACUUCAAUAAGGUGACUAAACAAUCUAAAUGGCGUAUGCCAGAUGAAGUCAAGUCAUCUCGUGAGCGGAUGAAUACAACUCUGCAUGAAGAAACACCCGCAGUAAGGGAUGCUGAUUCACAUACUUCUGCUGCACUUUCCACCUCUGCAAAUGAAGCAUCAACUUCCAAUACAAAUAAUUUAUCUGUAUUGCCCGAAGAAGUGGUGGUGUCAAGCCCUGUGGCGGAAACACCUGCUGUUGAUCCUGAACAUGCAGUGGCUUCUGAACUAUUAUCAGUCACACAAGAGGACACUGCUAAUUUAGCAUCAGAUGACACGCCGGUGCAUGCUCCACAGGAAAUUUCUGCAUCAGUGGUUCUAUCAGACACACCUGCACCUACUGCUACCCCCACUGCCAUAACUUCGCCUACGGAAAUGCCAGAUAAAUCUCCUCAGGAGGCUGCGUCUUCUUCCAUAAAAACUUCUGGUGGGGUUACAGAGGAAGAAAAUAAAACUGCAGUGAGUGGAGGCAUUAAUGCACCCGAAGGGAAAAAGCUAGAGCAUGUCCCUCUGGUUUAUGAGAGUAAAGAGGAGGCAAAGAAUGCUUUUAAAGCUCUUUUGGAGUCUGCUAAUGUUGGGUCUGACUGGACUUGGGAUCAGGCCAUGAGAGUAAUAAUAAAUGACCGGAGAUAUGGUGCACUAAGGUCUCUUGGAGAGAGAAAGCAAACUUUCAAUGAGUUUGUGGGGCAAAGGAAAAAACAGGAAGCUGAAGAGAGACGUUUUAGACAGAAGAAAGCAAGACAAGAUUUCAAGAAAAUGUUACAGGAAGCUAAAGAUUUGACAUCAUCAACUAGAUGGAGCAAAACAAUAUCUAUGUUUGAGAAAGACGAACGUUUUCAAGCUAUUGAACGGGCCAAAGACUGCGAAGACAUCUUUGAAGAGCAUUUAGAGGAGCUUAAGAAAAAGGAACGAACAAAGGCUUUGGAGGAGCAUAAGCGUCAUAAAUUGGAAUAUUUGGAAUUUCUAAAAUCCUGUGACUUUAUCAAGGCAAGUAGCCAAUGGCGAAAAGUGCAACACCGUGUAGAAGCUGACCAGAGAUGCUCACGCCUUGAAAAGAUAGAGCGCCUGGAAAUCUUCCAGGAAUACAUUAGAGAUCUAGAGCAGGAAGAAGAGGAACAACGAAAAUUGCGAAUGGAGGAACAGAGAAAAGCGGAGCGUAAAAAUCGUGAUGAGUUUCGGAAGCUACUGGAAGAACAUGUAGCGAAUGGCAUUCUUACAGCGAAUUCUCGUUGGCGAGACUAUAGCACAAAGAUUAAAGAUGCUCCUGCAUUUCUAGCUAUAUCUUCAAACGAGGCAGGCUCCUCUGCAAAAGAUCUAUUUGAUGAUGUUAUAGAUGACCUUGAGAAACAGUAUAUGGAGGAUAAGGAGAAAAUCGAAGAAGCCAUGAAGACUGAAAAGCUAUCCUUGUCGUCGACUUGGACUUUUGAAGACUUCGAAAUCUUACUUUCUAAAGAGCGAAGCUCAAAACCAGUAUCAGAUAUCAACCUGAAGCUCAUAUUUGAUGAGCUAAUGGAAAUUGCCAAGGAGAAAGAAGAUAAAGAAGCUAAGAAGCAUAAGCGCCUCACGGAAGAUGUUUAUCGCUUCUUUUUUACUUCAAAGGAAAUAUCAUCAUCUUCCAAGUGGGAGGACUGCAAAUUUCUUGUUGAAGAUAGGUUUGUUGGGGAAGAGAGCUUUUUUGAGGAAAUUUUCAAUAAAGUCAUUCUUGAUCUUAAAGAAAAGACAAAGGAAAAGGAGCGAAAGCGGAAAGAGGAAAAGGCUAAAAAGGAGCGAAAAGAUAAAGAGAGGAGGGAAAAAAGUAGAAGUAGUAAAGACAGAGGAAGUGGUAGCAGAAAGACGAAAGACAGACGCAAGAUUGAUGAAACAGAUAGCGACGGAUCUGAUUCGUAUAGUCUAGAAGAGACAAAAAGUUCGAGGGACAGGAUCAGGAGGCAUAAGAAGAGGCAUUCAGAUGACACGAGUUUCGAUGAUGACGAGAAAGACCGUCAGAGAUCUCAUAGACACAAUGCUGAUUCCAAAAAGCCAAAGAAGGAGGAAAGGCAAUCGUCAAGUGGUGAAGCAGAAACGUACAGCCAAAGCAAGAAACAGAAGAGGGACCACAGGGAUGGUUCUAAUAAACAUACUGAUAACGAGGAACAUAAAAUCCGGGAAUUUGGUGAGGAUGGAGAGGUCCUGUAGCUUAUGCAAGCUGCACAACUAAUGUGCUUGUGCUAUUAAUUUGUCUGUUGUCUGUUUACUACAUUAUAACUCCCAUAGGAUUCUUUAGUUUCUGUCCGUCCUCAACCUAUUGUAGUUUAACCUUAUCGAACUGCUCUGUUAGUUAGUCUCUACAGUUUACCUUUUAGAUUCUAGCCAGUGAUGGUAACUUCAUUUUUAAUGGUAUAAUCAUAGUUGGUUUUCUAGUGGCA